CUACCUGGCUCCUACAGAACUUCAACUUCUGUGUACCAAAUUCGUACCUUGCUAGUUCCAUCUUCCUUCAGUAUUUCUUUGGGUAAGUCCCAUCUUUGUAUCAUAGGGACGCCGUCCAACAGCGACUAACAUAUGACAGCUCUUCGUUCACCAAAAGUGUGUGAAUAUGCCAGUUGUGGCUAAGAAGCAGGCGCCUAAAAAGGCAUUGAACAAGCGAGCUCAGAGAAAAAAGUCGCUUAAGAAAAAAGUCCCGGAUGGCGAUAUUCUUCCUAGAGCGAAGGUUGGAGGCAAACUCCCCCCACGCCUCAAGCACCCUAUGAUGGUCGACUCACCAGUCAAAGCAAAAAAUAAUGUCAAGCCAGAGGAGAUGUGGCCGGAGAGGCGUUGCCAGAGUCCGGUUCAAAUUCUCCCGAUGGAGGCACCAGUUUUUGUCAAAGGCACAGAGUUAGGGUUACCAGAACUCUCACGUCGAGUUGGGGAUCAGUCAUCCCACCGUCUUCCCAAGAUAUACAUUGGAGCUGCCUCGCCUACACCGCGAUGGAUGAUCCGACAGGCUGGUCCAGAAGCUGGGCAAAAUAUAUCACCUAGGUCUUCCGUAUCAAGCUCCACCCGGCUUCCAGAAUUAGGACGACUGCGCUGGGAAUUCGACCCCGGCCCACCCGCUACGCAUGGGCAGGAUGAGAGCCGGCUACGCGAUUAUGCAUACCAAUAUCUUCUGAAUUCACUUAACGAUCCCAUUGUUCGGGACGAGGUGAGGGAAAUGAUUUGGGGUAGUUUUUAUGCGCCAACAGUUGCACAUGUUGAAGACCCGUUACCAAUCCCCCCACCUCCGCCACAUUUUAAAGACCAGAGACCCUCAGAUUAUGUGAACCUUCGGCCGCCAAUAUCAGCUUCCAACCCCGACGACUAUCAUUUCAUGUACCCCGAUUAUGAGCGCCCUUCACUUGCUGCCAGGGCCUACCAAAGCAAUUACACACCCGCCAUAAGCUAUGGUUCACGUGGUUCCAAUGGCAGCUAUACCAGUACUAGAUCGAGCAUCGGCGAGAGCACUCACACCAGCUCAAGCGUUAGUACCAACCCCAAGGACUACGUCCCAGAAUACCACGACGUGCUAAGCGACGAUAAUACCCACCAUUUCGGACCAAGUGAGUAUAAGUGGAUUUGGAUAGUCCUCACAGUUCUCAUUCUAGCCAUGUUCCUAUGUCUCUUUCUCUAUGCAUUUGGGAUCCUGGAAUGAUGUAAUUAAUAAUAACACUGGAAUCCACCUUCACGACCUUAUCUUCCGUCAUUCCAAUAGACCGGGCUCGAUUCAUCCCCUGGUUGGACUUUUCGUCAUUUACACAUUCCUCGGA